CCGUACCAAGUGUCACCGCAGCGAGAGGGGGAGUCAGAAGGAAAGCAGAUCAGACCAGAGCAGACAAUAGGCCCCUAAAGUGUUCCCCCUAAGUUGCUUUGAUGUUGUCCUGGUGUCUUGAUACCAGGAGGCCAGGGAUCGCAGGGAAAGGGCCUUUUUUGUCUCCAUUCACUUUCCCCCUCAGUUUCUGAAAUGAUUCUCCAGAAUUUCUCCUCAUAAAAAAGAAUUGUACAGUGUUCCAACAAGGACCCACAAAUCUGUGGAGUGACCCAAUGAUGCCCUGCUGUCAGUUCUCAUGUGUUGCUUGAGAUCAUUCUCAGAAAGCUCUUGUGUCCUGAUGUAGAAGAAGAGAGCAAAUUGGACACCUUGAAAGGUGAGAUCACCUUUAAGAAAGGGGUUCCCGGACUCCCCACCUCCAGGAUGAGCACUGCAGUGUCGUGACCCCGGGGGUUUCGAGUGCCCUGGAGAUGCGAGAUUUUCCUUUGGCAGCAGGAGGCACACACCCAGAGAAUGCGGGAGCUGCAAGGAGAAAGGACCCACUUCCCCAGCAGAGAAAAACAAAGAGGAAAAAGGUGUACAGGUGGUCAGUGCUAAGGGACACGCCAAGCAAGCAGUGGGCCGCUGCUGCUGCUCCCAGCAGCUGCUUCUGCGAUAGCCCGAGAGGAACUCGGUGA